AAGAAGAAGGAUAAGAAGGUAAACUCAUCAUAUAACCCAUAAAUUCAAUAUAGUAAAAUUCAUUUUGAAAGUCAACAAGUAAAUGCGCUAUUUCUAAAAUCCAACACAAAUCCAAUAUAGUAAAGGCCAACAUAAUCCUUCAAUUUCAAAAUCCAAGGUUUUACCCUGAUCCUUCGUUUUUCAAAAUCUCACAAGCAAACGAACUCGUAGUUUAUGGACUUAUGCUUCACCGAUUAACUAGAGCCGUUGGUUAAUCAGGCCGGACCCGAUGCCGAGGAAACAGAUGCACCCGAAACCGUACACCAGGCCCAACUGGAAGGGCCCAUUUUGAGAAUUUUUGUAUUUUGGAGAGACGGAAAAGAGGAACCCUAAUCCCAUUAUCAAUCUCCCCCUUUCUCAAGCUCCGCUUCUGCCUGUCCUCGCCUCAGUCAUUGAUUGCCGCCGCCUACCGCCGUCUCCAACAGCUAGCCGUCGUCGUCGCGCGUGCAAAGUCUGAUCCUUUCUUUGCCAUUUUGUGUGGUGAUUCUGCCACCGUCCAUUACUUUUCGUCGCAAUCAACAGCAUCGCCCCAUCUCUCUGGCCAAUUUCUACUCCUCUUUUCCGGUGAAAGCUGCAGAAUUUCCGAGCGGGCCGGUUUUACGAGCUUAGAUCGGAAGCAGAAUCAGAGUUUCGGUUUUGUCAUCGUCUUGGUUUCUUUCUGCCUCGGGUAAAAGCUUCUACUCCUGCUAAUUAAGUCAUUGCUCGCAGAUUGCGGUUGCUCGUUCUUUUGCCUACAGUGAGCCAAAAAUGGGAAUUGGUGGCUGCUCAUCAUUGACGAGUUUUACCAGCUCAUAGACAAGUCUCAAGAACCCUAUAAACAAAAUGUCAAAAGACUCGUACUUGCGAACUGUCCUUGUCUUUGUUGCAUAGCUCGAGGAGUGUGUUUUGAGAAGUUUGAGUGAGAAUGUCCAGUUGAUCUUUCUGGUUUGCGCCAUUCUUCACAGAUAAUAGGAGUAGCAGGAUAAUUUUAGGUGCAUUUUCUUAUCAGAAACAUGGGCAGCUUUGAAGGCUUUCUUUUUUUGUUUUGAAGCUUCGUUUUCUUGGAACUUUGUGGCACAUUGUGUCCAACUAGUAUUCGUUUCGGGAGAUAAAGCCAUACCACUAGAUUGAGCUAAAAUUUUCUUAGCUACCUAGUUAGGUUCAUUGGUUAUGCAUUUUUAAAAGCUCUCAUUGUUUGAAGCAGGGUAACUGGACACUAUGCAUAUUUUGUCCAGGUUUUUUUUCCCCUCGCAUUGUAAAGAGAGCUGGUUGAGGUAAAUGCAUUGAUAUACGUGAAUAUUACCAAAUAUCAUGACACAAAUGCUUUGUUGAUGAUAGAUGGCAAGCGCUUGGAUUUGAGCUUUGCAAUCAUACAUAGGGAUAUAGAGAGGGAGUGGGAGAAUCAGGGUGGAGUUAUGGGUCUUAUUUUUUUUAUGGAGGUUCUUGCUUGUGCUCUGAAGAAUUAUACGUCUGCAAUAUUUCAUGGGAGAAUGAGGAGACCAAAUUAAAUUUCAAACUUAUUAUUGCUUUGGAGCAUCUUGGAGCAAUUGAGCAAUGGAGCUUAUGGAGCAAGGCUCACUUGGAGGAUUGCUCAAUUGGUUUGCUUCAUAGUUUUGUUUUGUUUCUCUCUUGCUUUUGUUUGAUCAGAUUACACACUGAUGAUAAACAGAAUAGAAGCAAAGAAGGAUACUUUAUAAAUGUUGAUUCCCUUUUUUGUGAUUAUGUGAUUCCCAUGGUCUCAGCAGUGAAAGCUUUGCAGUAUCAGAAUGAGUGGCCGUUUCUCUCGAACAAUCUAUUGUGGCAACCUGCCCGCAGAUAUAAGAGAAUCUGAAGUUGAAGAUAUAUUCUACAAGUAUGGCAGGAUUCUGGAUAUAGAGCUGAAGAUUCCUCCUCGCCCUCCUUGUUAUUGUUUUGUUGAGUUUGAAACUUCUCGGGAUGCUGAAGAUGCGAUCAGGGGACGUGAUGGGUACAAUUUUGAUGGCUGUCGUUUGAGGGUUGAGCUUGCUCAUGGUGGAAGGGGACCAUCUUCAAGCGAUAGGCGUAGUGGUGGUGACGGCUAUGGUGGUGGCGGUCGCGGUGGUGGUGGUGGAGGUGGGGGGCGGCAUGGUGUCUCCCGGCAUUCUGAAUUUAGAGUAAUUGUCCGUGGCCUCCCUUCUUCUGCUUCUUGGCAAGAUUUGAAGGAUCACAUGCGGAAAGCUGGCGAUGUUUGUUUUGCUGAAGUUUCACGUGAUGGUGAUGGGACAUUUGGCCUUGUUGACUAUACCAACAGCGAUGACAUGAAAUAUGCUAUUCGGAAACUUGAUGACACCGAGUUUAGAAACCCUUGGGCCAGAUCCUACAUUCGGGUGAAGAGGUAUGACAGCUCACCAUCAAGAAGCCGCAGCAGAAGCAGAAGCCGCAGCAGAAGUCCAAGAAGGGACAGAAGCAAAUCUGUGGGACGCUCAGUUUCAAGGUCCAUGUCGAGAUCUAGAUCAGCAUCACCUGCUAAAUCACCAAGGGCUAGAUCAAGGUCAAGGUCAGCUUCCCCUGAAAAGGCUCGUUCGGGGAGCGCCUGAGUGAUUGAGACCAACUGAGAGCAUUUCAUGGCUAUACCCACCUGUUGGGGUUUAAAGCUUUGAAUCAUUGAGACUAGCUGCAGUUUCGAGUACUAUGGUACUGAUUGUUUAUCUUUAUUCGUUGCUUGCUUAGGGGUUAUGUAAUGAAGUGUGAACUAGAGUUGGGUUUUGUUGGAUCAUUGUUUGUAGUUGCUCAUCAAUGGUGUGACACUGACGUUUAUUUGAAGCACUUCUGCCGCUGUGUGCUACUGGAUACUUGUUUGACUUUGCUAUGUUGAGACGUCAGUUGUAUCGAUUUGACUUGUGACUUGGUUGUUUGAGCGUAAUAGUAUUUUUGUUCUGGCAGUCGAUAGAUUGAAUUUGAUUACCUUCAUGAAUCAUGAACCAAUUGCUUUUACACGGGGAAGGUUUUCUAUCACUUGUGCGGAGCUACGAGUAAUGCACCAAGGUUUUCUACCCAAAAAAUAACUCGUUUGACCAAUGAAAAUUGAGUUAUGAAAUUUUGACAAUGAGGUCAUUGAAAUAACUUUGAAAUGUUAUCCCUUCUCCUGGUUAUUUAAUAACUCAUUUCUCUGUCUUUUUUAAAUUAGGUGUCGUUUGGAAGUUGUGAUUGUUAGAGUUGUGUUUGUUGAAUACAUAUAGGGGCCGUUUGGAGGUGGAAAUAUAAUGCAGUAAUUGGACCCAAUUACCAAAUAAUGCAGUAAUUGGGUUAAAAAUCCACGUUUGGGAGAGCAAAAAGGGUAUGGGAAUUGGACCAUGGAAAUUGGCUUCAAUUACCACAUUCAUGGUAAUUGAGAAUACUACACCUCCCUCUAGUAAUUUGACAUUACCACGUUUUCUUACUUCUUUUUCCAAAUUCCAUACCAUCAAUUCCCACAAAACUAAACCCUAUCCAAACAUGAAUUUUUUUCAAUUUCCACAAGUCAAUUCCUUGGUUUUGUUAAACUUAGAAAUUCAGACAAAUUCCAACGUUUUCAAAUUUCCACAUCCAAACGACCCCAUAUUGUGCACAAUACAAUGUUUGGAAGUGCCAAAGUGAUAAACAAUGCAUACCUUGUUUUAGGUAGGUCCCACCAACAAUCACAAAAAAUGAUGCAUUAUACAAUCUCAAGUAAAAGUUGAGAUUGUUG